AUGGGAUCUUCCACAAUCAAAGAGCAACAGUACGACAUCCUCAUCAUCGGCGCUGGGCUGUCUGGUGUUUGUGCACUUCAUAACCUUCGAGAACGCUUCCCGUCUUGGCGGGUGGGCGUGAUUGAAGCAGCUGAUAAUGUCGGAGGCACAUGGUAUUGCAACCGAUAUCCUGGCGCGCGUGUCGAUUCCGAGUCCCUCUCUUAUGCAUACUCUUGGGAUAAGGAAGUAUUGAACGAAUGGCACUGGAAAGAAUCAUUCGCCCCCCAAUCAGAGAUCCACCGCUAUAUCGAGUAUGUGUGUGACAAACAUGAUUUGCGAAAGAAUAUUCAGUUCAACACUCGAAUUAAGACUGCCCAAUGGCAAGACAGAAGUAACACCUGGCUAUUUUGUGAUGAAGCCGGCCACCACUAUCGCUCCCGUUUCUUCAUCAGUUGCAUGGGAUUCCUCUCUACCCCGACGCUUCCAGCUAUUCCCGACAUCGAGAAAUUCAAAGGUGAGGCCUUCCACACAUCACGUUGGCCACAAAACUUUGAUCUGAAGCGUGACCUGGCCAACAAGCGGAUCGGUGUGAUCGGUACUGGUGCUACGGGAAUUCAGACAAUCACUGCAGUGUCAAAAGAACCAAGUAUUAAAUCUUUGAGUGUUUUCCAAAGAACAGCAAACUGGUCAGCGCCACUGCGAAAUGAGCCCAUCAGCAUCGAGCAGAUGGAACAACACCGCAAGGACUAUGACUCCCUUUUCCAACUGUGCGCUGAGACUCCGGGAUGCUUCAUGCAUCAAGCCGAUCCACGCAAAUCCCUAGAAGUAUCCGAGUCAGAGCGCUUCAAGCUAUGGGAAGAAAUAUACGCAAAGCCCGGUUUUGCCAAAUGGCUCGGCACAUUCAGCGACACAUAUACCGAUCGCGAAGCGAAUAGACUCUACUCCGACUUUAUAGCAAGCAAGAUUCGGGCAAGAGUGCAUGACCCAAAGGUGGCCGACAGUUUGAUUCCUAAGAAUCAUGGGUUCGGCACACGGCGGGUCCCUCUCGAAAGCGGAUACUUUGAAGUUUAUAACCAGCCGAACGUCAAUCUUGUCGAUCUGCAGAAAACACCCAUUGAGAGAGUCACAGAGAAGGGCAUCAUCACAGCCGAUGGCAAGCACCACGACCUGGACGUUUUGAUCUAUGCCACUGGGUUUGAUGCUAUCACUGGUGCAUUCAGCUCAAUUGACUGGGCUGGCAAGAAUGGUCGUCCCCUUCUCGGCUCUAGCGAUACCAAGGAAGGCGAACAGGCAAUUUGGGUUGAUCACCGCCCGCGUACCUAUCUAGGCAUGACGGCCAAUUCUAUGCCUAAUAUGUUUAUGGUUCUCGGUCCUCAUCAGCCGUUCGGUAACGCGCCUCGGACAAUUGAGCACGCUGUCGAUGUUAUCUCGGACUUGCUUCAGUACUGCAAGGACAAUAAUUACUCUUACGUGGAGCCUACGCCAGAAGCUGUUGAUGCUUGGACUGAGCACGUCGUCGAGUGCAGCAAGGGCGCUUUGUCGAAUGAAGUCGAUAGUUGGAUGACUGGUGUUAAUAAGAAUGUUAAGGGUAAGACUGUUCGCAGUGUGGCUCGCUACUCUGGCAGUGCUGUAGAGUAUCGCCGGAGAUGCGCUCAGUCUAAGGCUGAAGGGUGGAAGGGUUUGGCAUUUGAUACACUUCCUAGUGCCACGGGUUCGAAUUCAAAGCCUGCCAUUGCCAGGCUUUGA